GCGAGCAACAGGAAGCAUUUUCUGAUUUUUUUUCUGUUCCUCUUCGCUGAAACAGACUGUUGCAGUUUCAGGACACGCACCAGGUGUGAGAGAUGUCGAUCACUGUUGUCAAAGACAAGAGCGCGACUGUGAUCACGCUGGCGAGUGACGAGAAGAGCAUGUUGCCUCCGCUGUGUCAAGUCCUCAAGACUCUUUGCUACAGUCCGAUGUGCUGCUCAGUGAACAAGACGCUGAUGAGGACCAAUACAGUUUUGGUUCUUGGGACCAUACAGAUCAUGGUGGGACUGUUCAGCAUUGCUCUCGGGCCAGGGCGAACAAGCCUACAUCCUGAGGAUUUUGCCCAUUUGGGAGUUGCUUACUGGCUGGGUGGUGUGUUGAUCUUUGCUGGAAUCUUGUCCGUUUUUGUCGCGCUGUUCCCCAGCGCCUGCCUGGUGGUCUUUGCUGUGUUGACAAACAUAAUCGCAGCUGUCGUCAUCAUUGUUGGCAUCGUGCUGUGCGCCAUAGACGUGAAAGAGGUCUCUGCACGCAGUAUGUGUGACUGGGGCAGGUACAAUACUCGAAAUGAUGAUGACAACUGCAAAGGUGUGGAGUUCGUUUUCAAGCGCUUGUUGGUAGCCAUGGACAUUUCCAUGAUCGUCCUGACUGUUCUCCAGCUGUUUGUCUGCAUCGGCGUCGUUGUUAUUGGCAUCAGCGCUUUGGGCAGCCUCAGGAAGAAAGAGCAGGGCGUCAAAGCUGAUAAGGCUGACGAGCAGCUGUUGAAGGACGUCUUCGUGACCAGUCCCGGUGCUUAAAAUCAAUACAUCGUUCAUCCAAACACAGAGAUGCUGAUGAGCAACGCACCAUUGCAGUCCUUUCAUAUAUCAUCUUAACAUAAUCCUACAUGCUUUUAAUCACAAAUGCACUACAAUUAUUUUGCCAAAGACAAAUAUUUGUCUGUAGUCUGGUACAAUGUAAUUGGAAUUAUUUUAAAUAUGUUUCUUUUGAUCAACGUCUGAAUUAUGAUUAAAGCAAACUUCCUUUAAUAAAUAAUAAUGGAAAAAUUGA